GAUUAAAAACUCCACUGUAACAUUGAUAGUUUAAGUUUUUCUGGAAGUUAAUUUCGCACACAGUCUUUACAUUUAUUUAAGAACCCUCUGCACAAUCAAAUCACAAAUUUAAACUGAAUAAAGCUUGUAGCAUUUAAUCUGGCAGAUAUAUAACCUAAAACACUCGUUUUAAUUGUCCCUCGUUUUUGUUUAAGAUGUGAAAGAAAGCCAACAGAUGGAUUUUAUGAUGAUUUAAAAUAUUUUUUCUCUAAAGGACUUAUAUUUGCUUGUUUAUUAACAAAAUGAAUCAAAAUAUGCUUCAAUAAACUUCAUUUUAGCUCAAAUGUCCUGCCUUUGCGGUCAACUCCUGCUCACCUGUUCCUAAUUACAGCUAAAACAUGGCAAACAUAAACCGCUGCAUUAUGGGUAAUGUAGGCAUCUGGUUUUCCCUCGAUUAUCUUGUUGUUGUCGGUCUAAAACAAUUCAGAGACGAAUGUUUUUUAAAUAUGUUCGACGUAAAUGGAGGGUUUCGAUGUUUUCCCACACUGCACUGGUUUGUGGAGGUUUGGUACUGGUUUCCAGAGCCGGUGAUGAUGUCACACCGAGGCUGGGUCAUGUGAAGGGCAGCAGCGGAGGAGGUUCACGGAGAGUUCAGCCGCAUACAUUAGGUAAUAGCGUCGCACGCCGUGACAUAACUAGUGCGAAGCAGGUUGAGUUGAGACAUUUAUCAAUAAAAAGAAAAAGCGGAGAUAAGAUUAAAAAGUCGUUCGGUAAACUUUGUUAUGCAAAACAACCAGCAGACCUGGAUGCGCGGAAGCUCCCCCACUCCAGCGCCCACGCUGCGCGCCAAUACGCACAGUUUAUGAGGAAAUUAAAGGUCUGUUCCGGCGCGCACACGCCCCUCAUAGUGCGAUGCUCCUGCUGCAUGGUCUGCGCCUCAACGCCCGGCUGUAAACCACAAACCUGCGGAGAGCCAAGUGAAAGUCGUCACCAACAGGAAGGACUCUGUUUUCUUCCUCUUCUUCAUGAGGAGAGCAUCUUCUCCAGCAGGACUCCGCUAAGGUCAUGUUUGACUUCAUGGAAUUUCAGGUUUUCGGUCCGGGAGAAAUCAUGGACUUCUACUCGACUUCCAGCCCCGGCUGCGCGCUGCAGGACCUGGAUCUGGACCUGGACCCGGAUCGGGACCAAGACCGGGAUCUGGCAGCUUUCUUCCCGGAGCUGAUCGAGUCGGACUGGCCGGAGCAUCGGUGCUCGCAGUCAGUGGAAAGCCAGAGCUCCAGCUCCAGCUCCAGUUUGGACGACCCGUUUGCCAGUCCGCCUUCCCCUCCUCCGCCUCCGCGCACCUACAAGCCCUGCUUUGUGUGUCAGGAUAAAUCAUCAGGGUACCACUAUGGAGUCAGCGCCUGCGAGGGCUGCAAGGGUUUCUUCCGCCGCAGCGUGCAGAAAAACAUGGUGUACACCUGCCACCGUGACAGAAACUGCAUCAUCAACAAGAUCACCAGGAACCGCUGCCAGUACUGCCGCCUGCAGAAGUGCUUCGCCGUGGGAAUGUCCAAAGAGUCGGUGAGAAAUGACAGAAACAGGCGGAGAGGUAAGAAGGAAGCGGUGAAGAUGACCGUCAUGGAGACGUACGAGCUGACGGCCGAGCUCGGCCUGAUCGUGGAGAAGAUCUGCAGGGCGCAUCGAGAGACCUUCCCCUCCCUCUGCCAGCUGGGGAAAUACACCACAAACUCCAGUUCAGACCAUCGGAUCCAGUUGGACCUCGGGCUGUGGGACAAGUUCAGCGAGCUUGCCACCAAGUGCAUCAUCAAGGUGGUGGAGUUCGCCAAGAGAGUCCCAGGCUUCACAGGCCUGACCAUCGCCGACCAGAUCACUCUGCUGAAAGCCGCCUGCCUUGACAUCCUGAUCCUCAGGAUUUGCACUCGCUACACUCCGGACCAGGACACCAUGACGUUCUCCGACGGCCUGACUCUGACCCGCACUCAGAUCCACAACGCCGGCUUCGGGCCGCUCACCGACCAGGUCUUCACGUUUGCCGGUCAGCUGCUUCCUCUGGAGAUGGACGAGACGGAAAGCGGGCUGCUCAGCGCCAUCUGCCUCGUCUCCGGAGAUCGCCAGGACCUGGAGGAGCCGUCAAAGGUGGAGGUGCUGCAGGAGCCGCUGCUGGAGGCGCUGAAGAUCUACUCGCGGCGGCGCCGACCCAGCAUGCCCCUGAUGUUCCCCAAAGCCCUGAUGAAGAUCACCGACCUGCGCAGCAUCAGCGCUAAAGGAGCAGAGCGCGUUGUGACACUGAAGAUGGAGAUCCCCGGCUCCAUGCCUCCUUUGAUCGAGGAGAUGAUGGAGGAUCUGCAGAACCUGGAGAGCAGCCAGCACUCACACAGCCUCUCCUCUCACUCUCAGCACACACACUGCGCCGGCCUUGCAGUCUGAAGACGCCGCAGAACUUUUUCUUCCUCCCCAGAGAGAGAUUACUAACGAUGUAACAGAGCAGAUGCAGUCCAGAAGGUCACUAGUCUCUUACCUCCGUAAAACGUCCGGGAAUAUUUCAGAGUUAGAUCUGCAGACAUGACAAAUGAGAUUCAGCUUUCACAUUAACAACAUGGUAGUUGCUGUGAGAUGAAAUCCUGCUUCGAAGGAAGGGAAAAGUAGAACGAUGCAGUAACGUUGUAGUCUCUCUUUUUGUUUUCCUGCAACGUUGUGGCAGGCACCUCAUAACCUCUGAGAAUCACUCUCAGCUUUUGUUUACCAUAUCUGGGUCUUACGGUAUUUAUAUUUGCAUGAUGAGUUAUUAAUUUUUACCUCAUUGAAUAACGCUGUCAGUAUUCAGUAGAAAGAGAGAGCACAUGUGGAAAGGAUCUGUUAAAGCUUUUUAGUUUAUUAAACAGGGAAACAAGUAAAGGGGAAAAAACAUUUAACUGGUUCCCAGAUUGAUGUAGGGGUCUUGAUGGAGGAAAGAGGACAUUUAUGUCAUCCAAAUAGUGGAAUUGUUUAACUGCCAUGUUUUUGUGAUGAAACAAAAAUAAAUCCUGCAAAAACACAAAAUCUUAAAUAUUUUUGUCAUGUUCCUGGUGCAACUAUAUU